AUGGCAAAAGUUUCUAGCAAGAAGACUUCGGUCAAGAAGACCGCAUCCCCCAAGACUACCAAGUCCAUUCCUCCUCAAUUGAUCGCCUCAGUCGCGGCUUUUUUGGCUGAAAAUUUCCCGGAGGCCAGCGCCGCAUUCACCCAGGAAGUGACCAAGUCGGGCAAGAAGAGCGAGGCGAAGAAUGUACCCUCUCUCUUGGAGCUCUUCCAGACUUCUGAGCAGGGAUCUAGCGUGAAGAAGGCUGCUAGCAGUAGUUCUUCCAGCUCAAGCAGCAGCUCCAGCUCCGAUAGCGACUCGGAUGUUGAGAUGGGCGACGCUCGUUCGUCCUCUUCGUCGUCCUCGUCUUCCAGCUCCGACAGCGAUGCGGAUGAUGAGGACGAUGAGGAGUCCCCCGCUGCUCCUACUCCCGCGCCAGCUCAGAAGUCUGCUAGCUUGAAGCGCAAGGCCGAGUCUAGCAGCGAGUCUAGCAGCUCUUCCGACUCUGACUCGUCCUCCUCGUCUGAAGAUGACAGCCCCAAGGCCAAGAAGGCCAAGAUCUCCUCCAAGGAGUCUUCCUCUUCGUCCUCUUCGUCCUCUUCCUCGGAUUCCUCCAGCUCUGACUCCGAUUCAUCGUCGAGCUCCUCUUCAUCGGACUCGUCCUCUUCCGACUCGUCCUCCGACUCCUCUUCCGACUCUUCUUCUGAUUCCUCCUCUGAUUCCUCUUCCGACUCUUCCUCCUCUGAUUCUGACUCCUCCGAUUCUUCUUCCGAGUCCGAAUCCGAGAAGGAAUCCAAGAAGGCGCUGAAACAGGCGAAGAAGACUCCUCUUCCCCAGUCCGACUCCAGCGACUCCGAAUCUUCCUCCGGCAGCACCGUCGCCCCUUCCCCUGCGGCCGAGACCAAGCCUGUUACCAAGGCUGUUGAGGCCGUUGAGGCCGUUGUGACUACUUCCUCCAGCGCCAGCCCCGCCCCCGGCAACGGCCCCGCCAAGAAGAAGCACGUUGGAGCUCGCCCCACCCCUCUGGCUCUGCUGAGCGAGCUGCCCCAUGACCACCCUUCCAACGACUACAUGUCCUACGCCUACGCCGACCGUGCCUGGAAGGACCUGUCCGUGACUCGCGGCAAGGGCUUCACCAAGGAGAAGAACAAGAAGAAGCGCGGUUCCUACCGCGGCGGCCCCAUUGACAUUGGCCCCGCCACCACCUCUUUCAAGUUCGAGGACUAA